CGCAUAUCGUAAUACCUCCUCUCGAUGAGCAACCCCCAAACCCAAACCACUUCCCCGAAAUCCUCUCCGCCUUCCUCACCCACAACCACCGUCUUCCCUCUGCAAACCACCUCAACCUCUUCUUCCUCUUCUUCUCGCUCAACUCGCUCGGAGCGAAUGAUCUGCAUCUUCCAGCGGAUACCAUGUACUGGCAAUCGUUCCUUCGUCGCUGCGAGAGGAGGUCUCUCUUUGCUAUCUAAUGCCUCAUCCCUGCGAGCCCACUUCAACGUGAACGCAGUCUCCCGGCUGGUCGCAGAACAAGACUCCGACCUCGCCGACGACCUCUCCGAGAGCAAAGAACUCAUCCUCUCCGUCCUCCGCUCGAACGCAACAAAACGCGAUGCCCGCAACUACAUCACAAAAUACUCCCCCUCCGACUUCUCCGCCCCGGCGCUCGAAACAAAGCUCCGCAAGGACUUUUCGAAAAAACUGCUCACCUCGGUCUCCGACGCGGCUGGAAGCUUCGACUUAUACGGCUCGGCCCCGAUCGAGCUGCGCAACAUGAUCCGUGUCGCGGUCGUCAAGAUCAGCGCGGUGGACUCGAUCGAGGAGCAGAUGAUGGCAAACAUCGGGACCACAGUCGCGAGACUCGCGAGGCUGGGCUUGAGCCCGGUUAUCGUCGUCGACCCGGCUGAUGACGCGGUCGAGGAGAAGAAAGCUACGUGCGCGAACCGCAAGCAGACAAAAGAGCUCGCGCGCAUCUCUGAGCGCGUCGCGGCAGCUAUCGAAAAGCCAGUAAAUCCCUGGCUGAGAGAUCAAAGUCGGAGUACUCAGAACGAAAAGGAAAACAUCACCAAGAACAAGCGGCCGCGAUCGGUAGCUAAAGCAGAAACACUUCCCGCGCUCUUCACGCACGGCAAACCAGGCGACCCCAUCAAACUCACCCUCCCGCAUCUUCUCCUUCUCGCAAUGACAAACAACAUCGUCCCGAUCGUAUCCCCGCUGGUCUACAGCGAUGCGCUGUCGCGGUACUCGCUCACCUCGGCCGACGACGUCGUCUACGAGAUCGUGACCAAGAUCAGCGCGAUAAACGAGCCCGACAUAAUCGCGGUCGAGAAAGUGAUCUACAUCGACCCGCGCGGCGGAAUCCCCAGCAAAGAGCGCAACUCGGGCGCGCACAUCCUCGUCAAUCUCGAGCAGGAAGCAGACGACAUCCUCGCCGAGCUUGCGGCGAUAAACGCAUCCGAAUCGCACAUCAAGAACCUCAACUCGUUUAGGAAAUUACUCGCCGCCGCACCGGCUACGACUUCGGGUCUCAUCACGACGCCUGAUGUCGCGGGGUUGCAGUCGACGAGGAAUCCACUGAUCUAUAACCUCUUGACCGACCGCCCGGUGAUUUCGUCGUCGCUGCCGGUCGAGGGAAAGAAAGCUACCAGUCACUCGACGACACUACUCCGCCACGGCAUGCCCGUCAUGAUGUUCUACAGCGACCACGGCAUGCGCUUUCCCGAUCUGCAAACACCUUCCUCGCUCUUUCCCCACCGCACGACAACCCCGCACAAAGUCUUCAACGGCAUCCAAACCGUCCCCUCAAACGCCACGAUCGACGUCGACAUGCGCAAACUCAUCGACCUGAUCGAGAACUCGUUCGGCAAACACCUCGACACUGCCCACUACCUCUCCCGCAUCAACGGCAACAUCGCGGGCCUCAUCAUCGCAGGCGACUACGAAGGCGGCGCCAUCGUCACGUGGGAAUACAUGCGCGACGGAACGAAAGUCGCGUAUCUCGAUAAACUCGCCGUGCUUCGCAAGAACCAGGGGUCGGCUGGCGUCGCGGACAUUGUCUUCAAGGCAAUGGUCAUGCAGCUCUUUCCCGACGAACUCAUCUGGCGCUCGCGCACAGUGAAUCCUGUCAAUCGUUGGUACUUUGAGCGGUCAAAGGGAUCGCUGAGGUUGCCGGGCGAGAAUAAAAAGUGGACGAUGUUUUGGACGGGUAAAGAGACGAGGGAGCGAGACAAGUUGGACGAGUACGCGACGAUCUGCUCCUCCAUCGAGCCGUCUUUGAAAUAGGCA